AUGAACACGCCGCCGCCCGAGUCAGACAGCGGCAGCGACAUGCUCGCCGCGCCAGUCACCCCACCCGCGGCGCCCAUGACACCGUCCCCCAUCCCGCCUCCGGCUCACGGUGUCCACUGCGCUUGCCCGCACGACGGCGAGGGCGCGCUCUCUCUCCUCCUGCGCACGGUCGACUUUGCUGCCUGGAAACACCAAUGCCAGCGACGCAAGGACCUCGACCAGACCCCAUACAUCAACCACCCCAUUGGAGUCGCCAACAUUCUGUCAUCGGCAGGCGUGAUGGACAUUGCUAUUCUCCAAGCUGCCGUGCUCCAUGACACUGUCGAGGACACGCACACCACUGUUGAGGAGAUUGCACACGCCUUUGGCGUCAAGGUGGCCACGAUCGUUGCUGAAUGUACGGACAAUGUCGAGCUGGCUGGCCCCGAGCGCAAGCUCGAGCAGCUGCGUACGGCCCCGCUCAAGAGUCCCGAGGCGCAGCAGGUCAAGCUUGCAGACAAGCUGCAUAACCUCGAGAGUAUCCGCCGAUCCCCGCCGGUCGGGUGGGGCGUGCGCCGUAUCCAGGCGUACUUUAUGUGGGCCAAGCAAGUCACGGACAUCUGCGCGCCGUCCAACCCCGCCCUGGCAGCUCGUCUCCAGAGGCUGUACGAGACAGCAUACACCCGCGUUAAUGGAGAAUACUUUCCCUGCCACCCGGACGUGUGCGGGCCCUUGACCGAGGAGGAGAAGGGCCGCGUCGACUCGCGUUUCGCAGUGUGCAAAGCAGGCGACCAGCCUUGUCCCCGUCCGAUCUUCUUUUAA